UUACACAUUAACGUGUAAGAAAUGUUCCACAGCGUCUAAAAGAAGUUGGGGCUUUUGCAUCCAGUGGAUGUCAACAAAAGUAUAAAUCUCACGCCUCCACUGCCGAUAGGAGGAUCACCAGCGGGAAGAAAAAAUGAGUUUCUGGUGGAGUAAACCUGCAGUUAAGUACCGCGGCUUGGUCAACCAUGGAGCAACAUGCUACCUGAACAGUGUGCUGCAGGUUCUGUUCAUGACCGAAGAAUUCAGAGAAGCUGUGACCAGUCCCAGUGUGGCUGACAUUGAUCAUCUUCUAAAAGAUUUAUUUGAAGAAUUACAGAAAGGGACCUUAUCAGCAGAUCCAUAUAAUAUAUUGAGAGCACUAGAAGUCAGCAAUGUGUGUGAACAGCAAGAUGCAGCAGAAUACUUUGAGAGGAUCUUAAGGAAGACCAGUGGAAAUGCAGCAAAGAUCUUUCAUGGACAGCUGAGUCACAGGACCACGUGUUUAAAAUGUCAGACAGUGACUGACAGUGAAGGUCCGUUCUGGCAUCUUCCUCUUGAACUGGAAGAUUCACCUGGUGGAAACUACAGCGUGGAAAACGGCAUCAAUCAGUUUUUCACACAGACAAUAUUCAAUGGAGAUAACCAGAUAUACUGUGAUGAGUGUGAUGCUAAAGUUGACGCUACCAGAGAAUAUGUAAUAACUCAUCAUCCAGAUGUUUUGCUUCUGAUGCUGAAGAGGUUUGACUUCAGCUAUCAGUGGAUGUCUUACAUCAAAAUCCACUGUAUUGCUGAUGUUCCUCACACCAUCAGGAUACCAGAGAGUCAGAUAUAUGAGCUUUAUGCAGUCGUGGAGCAUUCUGGUGAUUUAAGAGGAGGACAUUACAGGGCAGUGAUCAAGUCCAAGGAUGAAGGAGACGAUUGGUUCGUCUUUGAUGACAGAUCAAUCAUGAAGCUUGGCAUAAAUCCUUUCCCUGACAAUGUGAACAUUGUACAGUCCAGAGAUGCCUAUCUUCUAUUUUACAGAAAGAAAGUUGCAGAUAUUCCCAUCAGUGAUCCGUGCUCAGUCAGAGAUUACAACCCAAACAUCAUUCAGGACCAAAGUCCAAAGGAGGAGAAUCUGCAGCCUUGUGAUGAAACAGAAACACUUAAAGAGAAUAUUUCUGAUAAGAAGAGAAAAUUUGAUCACAUAUCCACUGAAACAACAUCUGAGAUCAUGAAUCCUGAAAAGAGAGCAAUAUAUGAGUCAGAAGAGAUUGAUCCAGAUAAAGACAGAUUACCUGAAGAACAAACAGGCAGAGAGAAAGAGACUGAAGGGUUGAGUCACAAUGAGACACAAUAUCCUCAAGACAUAACAAUGGAGGAUGAAGAGGAGCAGAAGGAAAACAGAAAUCAGAUCACUGCUGAAGAUCAAAUUCAGGGUCUAGUUGGAGAACCAGAACCAAUGAAUGUUGGAAAUAUGCAGACAGACAUGAAUUAUGAUGUAGAAAGUUCUGGACCUGCAGCAUUAGAGAGACAGGAAAACCUCUGGGAACAUCAGGGAUCUGCAGAGGACAGAACAGAGGAGGUGAAGAGGAAACAAGAGACAGAAAACAGCAACAAACUGAUCAGAACAUCAGAGGAAGCAGGUGCUGAUGAAAACAACAAACUGUUGCCAACCGGAAAUAUGAGAUAUAAUCAUAAUGAAGCAGAAAGAGCUGCAGAAAAUGAACAGAUUGGUGAGGAGGCCAGUCAUUCAACAGAAAACCUUUCUCCACAGGAUCCUGACAGUAAAGUAUUCAGCCAGAUAGCACAAUGUUUACCGAAUCCAGAUGAGUCAAAUAUUGAUGAUAAUCACCAAAGGAGAAAUGAACUGACAGACGAUGCUUCUAAAACACAAACACAAGAACCAGAGGAUGUUGAUGAAACUCGUGUUCAUAAAGAGAGGACAAAGGUAGAUGAAGGUGGAGAAAGCAAACAAAAGGAUGAACAGAGUCAGAUAACAGGAAAGAGAAAUAGAAAUAGAUCAGAUCAAGGAAAGAAAGAAAAUCAAGAUAACACUGACAGGACAGGAAAGGAUCAAGUGGCAGCGUAUUCUGACAGACCUCAGCUUUACCAUGAUGAAAGUAAAGAAGUCAUAAAGAAGAAACACACUAAACAAAAGGUCCAUACUAGUCAUGAUACACAAAACGAACUUGAUUUGAAGAAAAACGGAAAAAAUAAAAAUUAUAAGAUGGCAGCAACAUUGACAGGAAACCAGGAGGCUGAUAGAGACGAAGAAACAAGACAAGAAAACUUUCAGAGUUACAGAAAUAAAGGGUCAAAGGGCACUGAAGCCAGGAAACAAGGUUCAAACCAGGCUGCAUUUGAAUGCAAAACCAUAGAAGUAGAUAUCAGGGAGUUUUCUCCUGGUGGUAAAGGUAAAACUAAAUUAAUGGUAAAAACAAUUACUGAGGAAAUCAAAGUUGUUAACAGCAGCAGUAACAGAAAAACAACAAGCCAUGAAGGAAAUGUUGACUGUGACUUGGAGGAUGGUGUAUUGCUUUCUGCAAAAGAAGAGACGACAGUCCUCUCUGAACCUCUUUUACGUGAACAACAAAAUCCCACAUCGAAGGAAAUCACCAGAGGAGCAAAACAAGAUGAAUUCAGGCUGAAGAUUUCCCCUCAGACUGAUCUGGAAGCACAACAACAAAGGCAUGAAAUGAAGAGGAAACGUUCAUGUAGGUGCAGCUGUGUCAUUCUGUAAGCACAAAGGAAAGAAGCAACAAAAACAAGUGAUACUUCUUUGUUUUUUUUAUUUCUAGGAAAUGAAAAAUGCAGAUCAGGAAUCAAAUGAAAAGACAUCAAAGGUGUUUUAGUAGCAGUCAUUGUUUGCUGCUCCUUAAGUUUUUCCUGAAGGCCUUUAUAAGUCUGGAUACAAGGAAUUACAAAGAGAUACGGUGAAAGGUUGUUGUUGUUUUUACCAAAUAGCAUUUUUUCUUACAUAACUUGAAAAUAAUAUCAGCUAAAUUUAAUAUUUUUCAUAAAUUCUUUUUUUGUUUGUUUGUUUUAUCUGUCAAUGUUUUGACCUUUUUCAUUUUAACU